GGUACAUAAUUAAUCAACAAAAAGAGACAGACUACAAAUGUGUGUGAUGGUAUUUUAGAGGAGGUAUCUCAAGAAAUACAAGCAUUUCUUUCCAGUGAAGUUUGCAGGAAAAAAAUAGCACGACAGGUGGAAAAGCCGGAAAGGUAGCAUUUCCAUAUAUUAGUGAUUCAAUUGUGAACACAAAGAGUUGAUUAUUGACUUUCCACCUCACAAGCGGUCCGGGCAAAGAGUUUCUAUUCCCGGACAUGGAAAUUCAAAUUACGCCGUCAGAACAACGUGGAGGCAAAGAGUUUCUAUUCCCGGACAUGGAAAUUCAAAUUACGCCGUCAGAACAACGUGAAGGCAAAGAGUAUAGUAUAAAAAUUCCACCACCAGCCCAGCAAGUGGAACCUGAGAAGCGGCACGAGUGUUGUAUCUACAAGGUUCCCCUGAAACUCCGCAGAGUAAAUGAAGAUGCCUACACUCCAAAGCUAAUUUCAAUAGGCCCUUAUCAUCACAAAAGAAAAAAUUUGAAGAAAAUGGAAGACUUAAAAAGAAGAUAUUUCCGGGAUGCCUGUGUUCGGACGAAGAAGAGCCCGGAGGAUCUUUCAGGACGCAUCCAAAAACUCGACUACCAGAAGAUCCUUCAUUGUUAUGCAGAUGAUAGUCACAUGAUGAAGGAGGAAGAUUUCAUGACAAUGAUUCUUUUGGAUUCUAUUUUUAUCAUUGAACUGUUGUGGAGGACUAAUGAAAACCCGCCAAUGAGCCCACCAGCAAUGACUACCAUUUCCCAAAAGUGUGAGUGGAGGAUGUGGGGUGCAUGUGUAAUAAAUUUCCAAAAAGAAAGAAAAGAAGACAAUCCAGAAAGGAAAAACCAUGAAAAGGAAAACCCAUGGCGAAGCUAUAACAUAAUGCAGGACUUGCUAUUACUAGAAAAUCAGGUUCCAUUUUUUGUUCUGGAGGAUUUAUACGAGUUUGCCUACAGUGACCUUUUUAUGUACCCACAAAAUGAAGAUAAUUCCUUUCGUAGGCAUGUCCAUGAAUACUUUUUCCAUUUCUGGAAAGGAUCCGGUUUUGUUUUCGAUUCUGAUUACGAGAAGAUAUUCGCUGGAAAGAAGAAGGAAGUCAAACAUUUUACUGAUUUCCUAAGAUAUUUUCUCCUUCCACAUAAUCCAACAUGUGGACGUAGUUUUGAACGUGUACCUUGUGCAACCAAGCUGUCUGAGGCAGGAGUGGAAUUCAAAGUCAGCAAAUCCGAGAAUGGACGCUUACUUGACAUUCAAUUUCGAAAGAGUGGCUUCUUGAAAAUUUUUCCAUUUUUAAACUUUUCAUGGCUCUUGAGUUGCUUUCCUUGCCUCAAAUGCUUGGAGAUCAUGCAAACUGUCUUGGAACUCAAAUCCUUUAUAAUAAGGGAUGCAACUGAACCUGUUGUUCGAAACCUCAUGGCCUUAGAGCAGUGUCAUUAUCCACGGGAAGCUUACGUAUGUAAUUAUAUUGUAUUGUUGGAUCAUCUUAUCAACACUAGAGAAGAUGUGGAUCUACUUGUUGAGAAAAACAUUAUCGUUAACUGGCUAGGCAACAAUAAGGCAGUGGCAGUUCUGAUCAACCGCCUUUGCCUACAAAUUACAGAAGGUAAUCAUUCCUGUUACUUUGACCUCAGUGAAAAGAUUAAUGAUCACUAUACCAGCCGUUGGAGCAAACUCAUGGCAUCAUUAACAAAUCUAUAUUUCAAAGAUUUUUGGAGAGGAACAGCAACUGUUGUUGGAAUCAUGGUCCUGCUUUUCGCUGUCUGGAAUUUCGUUAAGCCUUUUGUCUUUCACACUUGAACUUCUGUGUGCUUCAGCGUUUGUUGGAGACUUGGUGCUUUGCUUCUGCUUAUUUAGAUGCAUUCUGAACUUUGUAAUAAUGCUUUGCUUCUAGCUUAGCAAAUGUUUUGUUGUAAGUUUGUGGUGUUUCGACAUCUAUAAACUGGUGUGGUGAGUCUGUAGUUUAGCAAAUGAAGCCAUAUGCUAUGUUAAUGAAUCUUGUGACAUGCAUCUACGCUAAUAUCAUUAAUUAUUCU